AUGGCUCGCACUCGAAAAAAAGACGAUGGGCAAAUAGAAAUUAGUAUAAAAAGCAAAGCAGCUACAUCCUUUUCGGCGGAGGUGAGAUCGCGCUUUGGGAGAAAGAUAGCUGACAGCCAUUUGUGGAUGUCAGUCUUUGGUAAAGCGUGCAGUAGUACAUUCACGCGUGUGCAAAGAGUGUCGUGUUGUCUUUCAAUUCUCUUCAGUGCAAUGAUAGCCAAUGCCAUGUUUUAUAAUAUUGGCGGGGAGUCAGCGGGAGCAAUACAAAUUGGACCUUUCAAGUUCUCCUGGAGACAAAUAGUCGUUGGGGUACAGAGUGCUAUAAUAAUUGCACCUGUAAACGUUCUGAUUGUGUUUCUGUUUAAGUCUAGUAGAACAAAGGAGAAGAAAGAAGACAAAUAUAAAGAUUCAUUUCAGGCACAACAACUCGUCGAUGAAGUAAAUGGUCAAGGCUGUAUGCUGCCAUAUUUCUGUGUAUACAUCGCUUGGUUUCUCUGCUUUGUCACCACUAUGACAGCAGCAACAUUUACGUUAUUUUACAGUUUAAUGUGGGGUAAGGAAGUCGCUGAGCAGUGGCUGGCCUCCAUUCUUAUUUCCAAUGGACAAGACGUUUUUGUCAUGCAGCCAACAAAGGUCAUGUUAGCAGUUAUUUUAGUUUCCUUUCUUAUGACUAGAAACAAACAGGAUGAUGUGGAAGAGGGACUUGUUAAAGAGGGUGAACUCCAAGACGAUGAUGUGGAUAUUUUGAGUGACAAUCCUAAAGAACGUUUUAAACAGAGCCUCAUGGAGAAAAUGCGCAUACAAAGCAGAAAAGAGGCUCGGUUAGCAAGUACGGCGAGGGAAAUUGUCCUCCAUUUGUUAUUUGUGUUUCUGCUGUCAGUAGUUUCCUAUGGCAACAAGAAUGAGAAUUGUUUCUUGAUGACAACAGAGAUGAAAAAUACUUUCGCAAGCUUUGAUCUGGUAUGAACCACUUUUUUUAUAUCUUUUAAAAUUGAAAAUCGAUGAAAUUAACGAUCACAGUGAUAGUGAUAAUAACGAUACAGCUAUGAUGGUGAUGGUGGCGCUAAUGAUGAUGAUAUCGAUAUUUGAGGUAGUAAUAAUGAUAGAAAUAACGAUAACGAUGAUAAGUAAUGGCAACUAAAUUGAGUGGAGUCCAAUUCGGUCUGUAAUCAUGGAGUGAUUUAUUGCUUACAAGUAUGAUUACUAAGUGAAUGGGACCAAACAAAUUUCUGUCCGCACAAAUUAUGACUAAAUUAGAGAAAAAAUUCAGCAUCUAUGAUAACUUCUCAAAAGAAAAAGAGCAAACAAAGAGAGAAGCAAACAUUAGUUUUAUCCCAAGAAAUGCGCGGCAACGGCGUGCACACAUGACGCGUCCAAUUAUACAGGCAAGUCGCGCACACUGCCCAAAACACUUAUGCAAUUGUAAGCAUGACGCGUACAUUGUCCUAGUUAAUACUCAAAUCGGGAUAAUGAGAACCAAUCAAAUUCGAUAGUUCUGUUAAAUAGAGUCUUGAUUACAAUGAUCAUGAUGACAUUUAUUUCAUAAUGACUGAAGAGGUGUACUGAAGAAGUGAACGGUGUAGUCGCAGUGUGUUUGGGACGGGUACUUGAGAGACCUGAUCAGACAAGGCUAAUGGAGCCUGCUAAUACUCAUGUUAGUUCGCUUUUUUCAGUUCUUACCCUUUUCAAUCCUUUUUUGAUUAGAAGAGGCCUCAUCAUAGGCUAACAUAAAUAAAGGCGGCAAUAUUAAAUGCAAUCUGGAAGCUUGGUUAUGUUAAGUUUCUGAAUAAAACAUCAAUCCCUUUCAUUUAACUUCACCUAUAAUACAAGUAAAUAUUUAGUUCUUCAGUCCAGUUAUGUGAACUUCUUUUUGUGUUCCGUGUUAAGGUGAAUGAUUCCCAGAGACUGUCGAGAUGGCUGGCAAAGCAGUUUCUACCAAACGUAUACAACCAAGACUGGUAUAAUGGCCUCGAAGAGCCAAAUGAUGUUUACAUCGCUAAUAAGAUGUCCAUAUCGAUUGGCAUGCCUUGGGUGCGACAGCUAAGAAUUCAUAAAAGUGCGUUUGAUUAUAAUUAUAGUUGAAUAAAUUGCAAAACUAUUUUUACAUAAUUAACUUUUUUUCCCGAUUCGUUUCAUACUUCUAUGAUUCCUAUUUUUUUUGUAUUCUGAAGGUCGUUGUGAGUCACUUUCUGAAACUAUACCAGACUGCUACUACGACUAUUCUCCAGAGAUAGAGGACACAACACAGUUGAGUCUUCCAGGCUGGCGGCCACUUCCCUUAAAUACAUCCUGGCCAAAGGCACUUCGAAUUUGUCCAAAACCCUGGCGUUACCAGACAGCUGAAACGCUGGACACUGAUCCUGUAAAAGCCGUGUACAACAAUUAUGGAGGAGGUGGCUACGUAGCUGUCUUGGGAUAUGAUGAGCAAACAGCACGUGGCGUUUUAGAUGAAACCAUUGGCCAUGGAUGGCUUGAUCGAAAUACUCGUUCAGUAAUCGUGGAGUUUGCAGCGUUCAAUUUUAAUACGAAUUUAAUUAGCAUUGCAACGUUUAUUUACGAAAUGAUUGCGGCUGGUGCAGCCUACACAGUUAUGAAGGUGGACACUCUCGAGUUGUACAACACGGAGUCGGGGGCUCUCAUGUUCUAUCUCAUCUGUCAGUUUUUAUUCUUGGCAAUGGUGCUAUUCUACCUCAUCAUGAUGUUGUUUCACUUUUACAGACAACGGUUGGGAUUUUUUAAGUCUAUCUGGAAUAUGGUUGAUUUCUUGAUGAUCAUCUCUUCUACAAUGUCCGUGGUGUGCUACAUGAUCAGAUCCAAGAAAAUCUUAAACAGCAUCAAUGCAAUUAAAAAAAAUCCUUUCGAAAUAAUUCAUUUUCAUUCUGCUUUAAGUUGGGCUAACUGGGAAAAUGUCUCUAUUGCUCUUGCGAUUUUUAUGGUUACAGUGAAGCUUUUAGAUCUUAUUCGUUUUAACCCUUAUGUCAUAUACUUGUUCUCGUCUUUCCGACAAUCUGUAAGCUGCCAACUGUCAUAUUUGGUUUUCUUUGCCAUAGUAUUUAACGCGUUUGUUAUAUCAGGAAUGCAGCUUUUUGGAGGAGUAGUUUAUCAUUACUUUAGUUAUCUGCAUGCUGCCAUUUCGCAACUUGAAUUUCUGUUGGGAAAGGCAGUCCCAAUUGCUGAUCUUCGCAAAGAUAAACCUUUUAUCGGUCCAACUUUUGUUCUUUUGUUCAUGUUAAUGAUGACGAUAUUUCUUAUGAAUAUGUUGGUAUCUAUCCUGAACGAAUCCUACACUGACGCCAAAGAUAACGCAGAAGAAAGUUCAGAGGAGCUUGAAAUGGCACAUUUCAUUGGGGAGCGUUUCAUGAACUUAUUCCAAGAAGAAAAAAGGGGACCAGAAUUUAAAUUAUUUUGUGACGAAACAACUUUUGUCAACAUGUGUCGUUCCGACGCAGAACCGUUCUGUUUAAACUCUCAAAGUCUCCUUAAUUGUACGGAGGAACGGUUGGGAAAAUUAGAUAAAAGAAUAAGCGCAGUCAUGAGACGCACAGAGAACAUCGAUGGUGACGAACUAGAGGAGGAGGAAGAGUUUAAUUAUCUCCUCGUCUCAUUAAUUAAUUCUCAUUAG